AUGAUGUUCAAGUUCUUCUUGGUUUGUGCUCUAAUGUCAACAGUACUCUCACUAGGACUUGGUCGAACCCAGUCAUCGGGUGUGAGAGGUCGUCUAAUAUGCGAUGGGAAGCCGGCAGCAGGAGUUACUGUGAAGCUUUACGACGACGAUCGAGGCGUUGAUGCUGACGAUCUGAUGGCUGCCGGGAAGACAAACGCUCAAGGCGAGUUCGAAUUGCGAGGCUACACAGAAGAGUUCACUCCCAUCGAUCCGAAACUUAACAUUUAUCACGAUUGCAACGACCUCAAGGUGCUGGUUGGGAACAUUCACAUUCUUUUCACGUUCCAUUUUGGAUCAUGA